UUCAUCAUCCAUCAACUCCAUCUCAUCCACAACUCUCUCCAAAACCACGUCGACACCCCCCCCCUCCUCGCUGCUUAACUGCGCGCGCCGACGACCACGACCACUCCCCUCCCCAUUCCCGCCUUCAACAACACCUCUUCGCCCACCCCUCUCGCCCACCCCCGGUACUAGCUCCGACAAGGCAACCGGCCCCACCUGGCCGCACAACGACGCACGUUCUUCUCCCUCCCAUCCACCAAGUUCAUCGUCAGCCACAAUGUACUCCGACCUCCCUCCCCAUCUCCAGAGCCUCAACCUCCUCCCUUCCACCUCCUCCCCACCCUCCUCGGCCCUAGCAGGCGAGGGAGAGGACUUCUGGGACUUCCUCAACACCGACGCUUUUGGCUCGGGUUUCGGCACUGCCCCAUCCGCAUGGGAGUCCAAGGCUGACAAGUCGGCCGAGGUUGCCGCCCCUACGCCCGCAUCAGAGGACAAGGCGACGCCCGCUGCCGAGAGCACACCCGCUGCGCCAACCCUCGAGUCGUUCCUCGCUGCAUUCGCCAACGAGACUGUCCCUCCUACCAUCCCCCCCAACUUUGUCUUUUCUCUCCCAUCCGCAGGCACCCCGGCCGCCCCAGUCAACACUGCUGCGCCCACCCCGGCACCCAUCGGCGAUGACGAGCCCGAGCGAGUGACCGGCGCAAAGCGUCUGAAGCAGAUGGGCGCGUCGCAGGCCGAGGUCGAGGAGGACAAGCGCAGGAGGAACACUGAGGCCUCCGCCCGUUUCCGCGCAAAGAAGAAGGAGCGCGAGCGUGCUCUCGAGGAUCGUGCCAAGCAGCUCGAGGCGCAGGUGGCUACCCUGACAGCUGAGAAGGCGUCGCUCGAGAAGGAGAACAACCUGCUCAAGUUUGUGCUCGUCAACACCCACGGUGUCGCCCCAGGAGGAGACGGACUGCAAGCAGCUGUCGCCGCGUUGGGGAAGCGUAAGCAGGACCAGCGCGAGUAAGACAUGCUCGCGUCGCGUCUUGUCAUCAUCACCUUGGGGGUUGUAGUAGUAGAGCAGUAGUCACAGCAAGUAGUAGUAUAUAUAUAUAGUCGUUCCAACACGGCAAAUUGUAGGGUAGCCAUGUCUUCACCUGGCAUGUAUAGAGCUUGUACCUGAG